UUGAUAUGCUGGUAUGGCUGUCUUAUGUUCUUUUCAAUGGGAAGAAUACCCUGUAUAUGGCCUUCGUUUACAAAUAAUGCAGGCUCAAACUUCAGGCAAUCAGGACGAAAAAAAACACGUAAUUUACAAAAUAAUUGCAAGAAUUAUAUCAUCUAAAGAUGACUUAAAGCCUGUAAUUUUUGACAGGCGUUACACGCAAUUCUCAGACCUGUACUAUACUCUCAAAAAGGAACACCCUCAUUUAAUGACCUUUAAAUAUGAUUUCCCAAGUAAAAAAUUAUUUGGCAACUUUUCUUACGACUUGGUGUGUGAAAGAGGAGUUGCAUUUGAAGAAAUGAUGAAUCAUAUUAUUAUGGAGACUAAUUUGAGGAAUUCAAAGGCUAUGCUGGAAUUUUUACAAGAUACCGAACUCAAAAAAGCCAAAGAUUGUUUAAGUACAGCAAAUUAUUCUGCAGCUAUGCCUCUUUUGGAACAAAAUUUUUUGCUACUGAACAAAAUUUUUACCAACCGACACCCACCUGUUAUUUUAGCUUUAUCCAGGCUUUUUGCUUGUUGUAUGGAAAUCCCUGAUAUGCCAAAUGCUUUUAAAUAUGGAAGCUUGGCUGUAAAUCGAUUUGAAUGGGUUUGCGAUACAUAUUUGCUUGAACUUUACAUUCCUCUAAUACAUGCUUGCAUUAAGGUUUGGAAUCAAUUUGACAAAGAUGAUACAUAUUUAAAGGACCAAUUAUUAAGUUUAAAACGGCAGGGGAUUAAUGUCAACCAGAAUUUGGAUUUAGUUGCUGCUAUUGAUGUUGUUGAAAAAAAGUUGUAAAGAUUUGUAUGGUAAAUGUUCCAUAUAUUGGCUUUUUCUAAAAAAAUCAUACAUUUUUGCUGGAAAUUUAUUUGAUUGAUUUGAUUUAAUUACAUUUAUUUCUGAUAAAAAUGUACAAUAAAAGUUGAAUUUAAGUUUACAGACGCGCGGCAAAAAUUAACAGUUU